GUAUUAUAGGCCGCCGUCGCCAACAUAGACUAAUGCGAAGGUAACGCGUAGAGCGUUUGGGUGGCGCAGCCAGGGUGGACCUGAGUCGCGCGUUGCUCCCUCCCUGCAUAGAGGUUGCAUAUCCCACCCACACCCCGUUGUCCCGCACUGUCCUAUGGCAUAAGACUCCACAAACAACGACCCCGUUCACUUGAGCGACCGCUUCUGUGAUGGGCAUGCCACCGGAACGCAUACGCUCGACGUCGAACAUACCUGAGGCCGAACUAGAAUGCGCCAACGAUAUUGUUCGCCUGCCCUCGUCGCGCCGCCAAAACCCGCAGCCCGCAGCUCCACCUUCCCAUAAUGGCCCCAGGGCGUUUGAAUCGAAUACGUAUCCGUCGCCGCCAACGACAUUCUUUCCGUGGCUUUGGUACUACGUUGCCGGUCCACAGCUAAUGGAACUCCCUGCUUCUUCGCAAGUGAAUGGCACGACGCCCAAGCCCAUCCGCUCGUUGCGCGAUAUGGUGAAUUGCAGUGUCACGCUAUAUCCCCUGCUGACGACAUGGACGAUGUUCUCGGCGGCUUUAUUCGCUUGGCUCGGGAUCCUCUGCAUACCACUUUCGCCCAGUUCGGGAGCGAGAUCCGGGAGUCAACAAAUCUCUACCGAUCUGUCGAUUAACUACCCCGAUGGACCUCCGAUCAGUUAUUCGGUGUAUACCUUAGCGUUGCUUCCGUGCUAUGUGGUGUCCUCCAUAUUGUGCGGUGGGUAUUAUCUGCACUUCUAUUCUCCGGAUCUUUGGCCAGUGGGAUAUAUGGAUGCUGUGGGAGGGUUAGCAAUACCGACACUAGUCAUAACCGUUGGCUUGAAUCAUCUAAUGUACACAAUCCAUCCACAAGUCAUCACAUCCAAAGUAUGGGUAUGCGGACUUAUCGUAUUCGGCGGAAGCUACGGAAUGCUUUACGGCGCUAUCCGGAACGUUAAGCCAGGCGCCGGGUCGAUUCCAAACUUUGCCUCUACCGUGGUUUCCCAAAUGGCAAAUGACCCUCAGCUUGAUACAAUCAACGCAUCUGAUCCGGAAGUGAAGCAAGGGUCCGCCAGGACUCCCCCAGGGUCUCCGAUCACAGCAAAUUCCAGGUGCGCACCAACUGGUGGAUCGGUGGCGGAGAAAGCCUGCCGUAACAGCAUCGAUGGAAACGAAAACAUGCGCUCACCGCCAACCAAGUCGAUACCGCUGCGUACCAUGCUUUGGAUGAUGGUCCACCUCAGCGUGUUUUUGGGACUUUACUACAUGGGCCAAAUCCUGACGUAUUUCUAUUUCGAACACGCACCGUAUUCGCCCAUCAUUGAACUAUGCUGCAUCCAUACCUUCACAAACGUGUUCCAAGUGGCCACCCGCUUUGCAGCAAACUACAUUGGGACAAAGAUGAAUGUAACGCAUCUUGCAAUCGGUGGAGAUUUCUUCGGCACCCUUCUGCAUUCCAUGUUCCUCAAUAAUAUCUACACGAUGGAUCGUGCUCCAUCUUCAUGGGUUAUUCCCGUAUUCGGCAUGCUCUAUGGUUGUCAGCGCUUUCUUAUGAUCGCCCUGACGCUUACAGAUCUAUGGGAUCAAGUCGGCUUAAAAAUAAUUCGCGGUUGGAGGGUAGCCAACCAAUACCGAAGUGGCGACCUGAGGCCUCGCCAUUCCACCGAAGAAGGACGGGUUGUGGAACUCACGAGUCCGGACAAGAUCGUAGAUUUGAGUAAUUGCUAUCAGCAGUCGGUGGAAGCCCCCUUCGAAAGUGCCGAUCCUGACUUUGUGGCCCCGUCGCCUACCUCCGACCAUACGGGCAGGUGUGCGGUUAAAGGUUUCUUGUUUGACGAAUCACCGGCCAUAGAGAAUGAAUGUAUAAGUUCGAACGACGAUCCUGAAGUGGUACGUACUUCGCUAUAUCACAACUCGGACAUUUGGGGUUUCUGAUAUGGAAUUGUAGGCGAAGGAAAUCGAUGACAGAG